AUGUCUGACGCCGGAAGAAAACCAUUCGCUGACAAGGUCUCUGAGACUGUCAAGCCUGACUCUGAGAAGUCUUACCUCGAGCAGGGUAAGGAAGCUGUCACUGACACCAUCGACAGCUUUGCUGGUAAGAACGUUCCUGACUCUGAAAAGUCCUUCGGCCAGUCUGUUGCUGACCACGCCAAGCAGGGCAAGGACGACGCUCAGAAGGAGAUUGAGGGUCAAUCCUCUUCCAUCAGCGAAACCGCCCAGGAGUACUACGAGGCUGCCAAGGAGAAGGCUUCUGAGGCUGCUGAGUACGUUUCCAACGUUGUCUCUGGUGCCACCGAGGGUGCCCAGGACGCUGCUGACUCCGCCACUAAGAAAUAA